UUAUACAGCAGUGUGGUGGAGGUGGUUCUUGCAAAGUGCUGCUGGUCCGGCUGACAGCUCGAUGACUGCGCUGUGGAGGAUUGGCUGAGGAGUUGCGCGCAGCAUGGGCACCGGGGAUUACAUCUGCGUGACGCUGCGUGGUGGUGCGCCCUGGGGAUUCACCCUGCGAGAGGGAGAGGGGGACACCUAUAGACCUUUCUUAGUCUCCCAGGUAGAGGAAGGUGGUCGUGCCUUCCUGGCUGGAGUGCAGGAAGGUGAUGAGGUGGUGUCACUCAAUGGAGAGCCGUGUGCUGAUCUUACCCUCCUACGAGCCUUUGCACUCAUCGACACGUCCAUCGACUGUCUGCAGCUCCUUCUUAAAAGAUACUGCUCCAUCGCCCCAGAAGACUAUGAACCAGAAGAGACAUACUGUGGUCAGAGGGAGUCGUCUGCUGUGGCUUUAGAAAGCACCACACUCCACAUCUUCUCCCCAAAGCACAGGUCCCAAAGCCCAAGGGAACUCUACAUAUCUGAGUCCCAGGAUGAGGCCUACUAUGGGGAGUCGGACAGCGACAUAGCAUUUCCCAGGGGGCCCCAGCUGCUUUCCACCGAGCUACAUGUUCCCUCAUCUGGAGAUCGAAGAGGCAGAAAACCUGGUUUUAAGGACAAUGAUGACGAAGUGCAGCGGUGUUUCUCCCCAGGGGACAUGGUUGAGCUGCAGGUGUCGCUGUCUGAGCAAACCUUAGAUGAUGUUGGGGGCUGCACCUCUCUUGGGAGUGCCAUUGGGAUCCAGGGAGAAGUCUCAAACAGAGAGGCCGUUGAGACGAUCCACACCACCACCACAUCACACUAUGUGCCGAGUGCUGUCAGAGAGCCACUCGGGCAGCGUGGGGUGGUGCUCAGCUCCCCCUCGAUGCUGGGGCAGGUGGAGGUCAUUUUGCAGCAGUCAGAAGCAUCAGGAGCAGGGAGGGGCAUCCUGAGUGUGGGUGGCUCCAGGGUCAGUGGAAGUGUUGGAUCCCAGAGUGAAGGAGAAGAAGGAGGAGGGCACUCUGAGGGAGUUCCCGGGUCUUUUACCGUCACAUUUGGAAUUCCCUCAGAUGAGGUGACACCGGCUGAAGAGCAGGACUCUGAUUCUGAGGGGGAUCAAGACAAACCCAGCAAGCAUCGGGCAAGACACGCCAGGCUCAGGCGCAGCGAGAGUCUGUCUGAGAAGCAGGUGAAAGAGGCCAAGUCCAAAUGUAAACGUAUUGCUCUCCUUCUUACGGCUGCUCCGCCCAACCCCAACAACAAGGGGGUGUUGAUGUUCAAGAAACAUCGGCAAAGGGCCAAGAAAUACACACUUGUCAGCUACGGCACAGGAGAAGACGAGCCAGAGUACAGCGACGAAGAGGACGAGGAAGAAAACCAUACUGUUGAAUUUACCCUUGUGGCUCCUAACGAUUCUGAAGUAGACAAGAAUUUUGUCACUAAUGCCCAUAGCAGCAAAGGUGUGCUGACUAUCAACUUUGAUAAGGGUCUCCUUGAAAUUGAAAGGAACCUGAACAACCAAGCAGAGAUGGAGUGUUUGCCCGAAACCAAAGGCAAGGGUGCCCAAAUGUUUGCCCAGCGGCGUCUAAGAAUGGAUGAGAUUUCUGCUGAACAUGAGGAGCUCAGGCGCCAAGGUAUCCCAGUGGAAGGAAUACAGGAGAUUGAAAAGAAGGCAGUGGAGCACUCCUACAUGCAGUCCACAACAGAGGGCCAUGCUUACAUGGAUGUAAAUAUACAUCAACAAAGCCAACAGCAACAUCAGUACCAACAACAAACCCAACAGCAACAACAAUACCAGCAAUAUCAAGAGCAGCAGUACUAUGAGCAACAACAGAAUUACCAACAACAACUACAGCAACAACAACAACAACAAUACCAACAGCAGUAUCAGCAGCAGCAGUAUGAACAACAGCAUUAUCAACAACAGCAAAUGUAUCAGCAGCAGCAAGACUAUCAUCAACAGCAACAACAACUGCAACACUAUACUACAAAUGUCAACGGCACAGUCCAACAUCAAGCCUGUGAAAUGCAGAGUUCUUUCAGCAAUCGUUCUGCAAAGCCUUUCUCAGUAGAGAACAUGACAACUACCCCUUAUUCUCCCGCAAUGAGUGGGACCAAUCAAGAUUCCGUAGGCCAAGGAGAGCAGAUAGCUUCCCGGGAUGAGCGCAUUUCUACCCCUGCAAUUAAAACUGGUGUUUUGUCAGAAGCAAGGAAGAGAAACACUGGCAAGCCCAUGUUCACAUUUAAGGAAGCACCAAAAGUAUCCCCUAACCCAGUAUUGCUAAACCUCCUCAACAGGAGUGACAAGAAGGGUUUUGAGUCAGGACCUGAAGAAGACUACCUUAGCCUUGGGGCUGAGGCAUGUAAUUUCCUCCAGUCCUCAGUUAAACACAAGACUCCUCCACCAGUGGCUCCGAAACCUGUGAUCAACCCCAGCACUUUUCCUUGGUGCCCACAGAUUGAAGUGACCAACCAGGACAUGCCUCAGCAAGCUGAAAAUAGUGUGUCCACACCUGCUGUAGCCCCCACCACAGAGACUACUUCUGCUCCAGAACUAGAGCCAGCCCCUGCACCUGCCCCUGAGCCCUCUCCCCCCCCUGCCCCCCAGGAAGUUCCUGCUAGCUCUGCCACAGAGGAACAGCCCACAUGGACUCUUCCGGAGCCUAAAUCUCAACAACUGCCAGCACAGGAAGAACAUGGUCAGAUGAAUUCUACCAUGCAGCCUGAGCAUGCUCCUGCAACUAGUUGGCCUGCAGCACAAACACAAGCACAACAGCAGCCAUCUAACAAUUCUUGGCAUCCAGCUCAAGCGCAGCCACAGGAACCGCCUCAGUCACCACAACAGCCUCCUUGGGUGACACGUCAACCUACCCAGACCCAAGCACAGCCUCAAACAAAUACUUGGACCCCUCCAAACCAGCCAUCCUGGAGUAAGCCUCAAGAGCAAAUACAAGCUCCAACAAAUGCUCAGCCAACCUGGGCCCAGCCUCAAGAGCAAGCACUGUCUCAGCCACAGGUUCAGCCACCCUGGGCACAGCCCCAAGAGCAAACACUGUCUCAGCCACAGGUUCAGCCACCCUGGACACGCUCUAAUGAGCAGCCAAAUCAGCAGCAAAUGCAACCAACUUGGGGUCAGCCUAAAGACCAGCCAAUGCAGCAGCAGCCCCAGGCACCAUGGGCACAGCCAUCACAAACAGAAACUCAGCCUCUACCACCAUGGAUGCAACAACCCCAGCAAAAGUCCCAAGCACAACCACCAUGGGUUCAGCAGGGUCAACCAGAAUCCCAGCAACAACCACCAUGGGUUCAGCAACCACAGCAUCAGGCUCCACAACAAGCAUGGCCACAGGCCCAAGCACCAGGUCAGCCUCAACCAACUUGGGUUUCAGCUCAGCCUCAACAGCAACAGCAACCUUCAAUGAAUACAUGGCCUCCAUCACAAACUCAAGCACAAGUUCAGCCACCCUGGAUCCAAGCAGGCCAAGCUCAACCUCCAGCACAGCCCCAAGCCAAUUUGAAUCCAUGGGCGCCAGUACCUGCCCAGGCUCAGUCUCAACCAUCAUGGGGCCAGCACCCUGCAGAACAUGGUCAGAAUCCAAUGAGUUCUUGGGCCCAAGACCAAAAUCAGACCCAACAACAACCCCCUUGGGCUCAGCCCAUUCCACCCCAGCCCACACCACAGCCAAACUGGCAACAGUCCACUUCAAAUUCUUCACCACAGCCACCAAUGAGCACAUGGCCUUCAGCUCAGCCACAGCCUCAGACACCUGUUAGUGCCUGGGCUCCACAGACACAGCAAACACCUGUGAAUGUUUCUGCAUCAAUGGUGAACACGCACCCCUCUCCAAAGCCUUGGCUUCCACCACAAAAUGCCCCACAAAACCAGACCCCACCACCCCCACCACAGCGGAUACACUCGUUUGCCUUUGGUCAGAGGGCUUCAUCACCCAUCAACCCAAUGGCCACUGUCUUAAACCCAUCAUCGCAAGGUUCAUCUUUUGAGAUGCCAGCCGUCAGAGGAAAAGGAGCUGAUAUGUUUGCCAAGAGGCAGUCUCGUAUGGAGAAGUUUGUUGUGGACUCUGAGACUGUGCAAGCAAACAAGGAAAGCCGGUCAACAUCGCCAGUUGCUUCUUUGCCAACUGAGUGGAAAUAUACACCUAAUGUACGUGCUCCACCUCCACUGGCAUAUAAUCCUAUUCAGUCCCCUCUUUACCCCCCAGCAGCGACAAAGCAGCCCCCUCCAAGUAGCCCUUCAACCAAGAAAAAACAGAAAGAGAAGCAAAAGCCUGCCCCUAAACCCCUCAGUGUUGUAGAGGUUAUGAAGCAUCAACCCUAUCAACUUAAUUCCUCACUCUUUACUUUUGGCCCAGCAGCAGAGGCUAACAAGCCCCCUACACCUAAGCCAGACUCUUUACCUCCUAACCCUCCUGUCGAAAACCAACCAAUUAGAUAUGAGCAAAUGGCCCCUAUACAGCCAGCUGGACCAUUUAAUGCCCCAUACCCCCAGCAACCUUACGGGAUGCCCAUGCAGCCUAUGAUACAUGAUGGCCACUACCAGCAGAACCCAGUUUAUCCUCCCUCUAACCCUUAUCCACAGCCUCCUGGAGGUCCAUACCAGCAAGCAUAUAACCAACAAUAUCAGCAACCUGCCCCACCCGCUUAUCAUAUCCAAGGUCCUCAGUCCCCGAACCUUACCUACCAACAGGCACCGCAGGCCCCUUACCCACCCACCAAUAGCCCUCCCUAUCUGGCAACUCCCUCAGUGCCUUACCAGCCACCGCCUCCCAGUAGCUACACUGUUCCUAGUUUUCCUGUAGCUGCAAGACCUGAAUCAGCAGCAGGUGGCAAUAAUAUGGCUGCUCCAAAACCUAAAUUUACAGCAAAAAAGAGCUCAGCUCAGGUGUGGAAGCCAACAGCAGUUGAUAAAGAGUGAUUCUGGUAGAUUAACAUGCCUAGUGUGCUUGAGUCAACGGGUUGGUGCUCUUGCAUUUAAAGUAAUAUUUGCAAUUACUAUCAUAUUCAAAGUUGUUUGAGGUAAUGCAAAUAGAAUAACAAAGAUUAAGAACAUAAUGAUAAGAGUGGGAUGUAAGUAUAUUUUAUGAGACAUACAUUAUCCAAACAGAGGUUUAUAAAGCCUGUGUAUUUUGACAUGUUAAUAGAUAAUGAUGCCUAUGGAAACUAUAGAUCAAAAUCACUAUAGUGUGAUUUUGAAGAUAAGAAUCUAAAGUGGUGGCAAAGUAAGAAUGUAGGGGAGCAUGAUGUUCAGUCAGAAAUGAAAGACAAUUGUGAGAAAAAUGCAAUCAGACGCGAAUGGUCAGUGACACCAGGAAGUUGACUUUUGAUAAGAAGAAAAUAUGAAACAUGCCUAAUCUUAUUUGAUAAAAAUAAAUCAACUGAAUGAAUAAAAUAAAGAUAACAAAUAGUGAGGGAGAUGGGCGGGGUCUGUGGGGUGUAAUGAUACCAAGCAGAAGGCUAAAUUUGCUAUGUCAGUGAUGUCGUAAGUGCAGGGAUUAUGUAACAACUCUGUGGGGUUUCAAGUCAAGCCUGGUGAAAACAGCAGUUCUCCUUACAAAAAGUAACUAGCUCUGUCUUGCUUGAUCUUCAGAUGUUUUAAUCAGUAAAUUAUUUAUUAUUUGGGGGCUUUCCCACAACACCUACUUAAGUGGGUUAAUUUUAUUUUAAGCUUUUUAACAGCUGUUGCAUCAUGUUAGGCACUAUAUUUAAACUGCCUUGUGGGAGGGAGUGCUGAGGUCCAGAGAUAGUAGGCUUAAAUUUCAACUUAAGCCAGUGAAAGCUACUUUAUCAGAGGCCCUCAUAGUAUUUCUUUUUUUCUGAUAACAGAAAAAUAUAUAGUGUUGGCCACUCUAGUAGUGUCACUGCUUUUGUUUUAUAUGACUAGAUGAUUAACAAAAGAAGAUUUAUUGAAAGAAUAACCAGCCUGGUGAUGUUCACAAAUAUAUUUUUGGUACAGGGCUGCUUUUGUUCUUCAUGUUGUUUUCUUUUUCCUUUCCCUUUGUGUGCUUCUCUUCGUAGUGCACUUUCUGUAUGAUUCACUGCAGUGCCAUUAAAAUGUCUUUUAUCCUUGUUUGGCUUUCCUAUCCUUUUUUCUUUUGAGCAUGCUUUUUUGGGUUUCUUCUAUUUCAAGUCUCUUCUCUUUUCAUCUUUCAAUUAAAAUUAGAUCAGAUCCAAUGUGGAAUUUCACCACCUCUCCACCUGUACAAUAAAUAGUGAGAGAUUUUUAUAUUAUUUGCUUGGACAAAAACUUAUUUAGCCACAAAUCAGUCUGUACUAUCGAAUUAGACUGACAUGUAUGUCUAAUAUUUGUUUGCAAAACCAGUGGUCCAAAUUGAGUUUUCAACAGUAAAAUACAACAUGCACUCUAUAAAGGGCCAGGAACACCUCAUUAUCCAAAUCACCUACUUUUACUGCUAUUGAGCUGAAUGCUUCACAAGCACAUUCCUGACGGAUGACUACCCGAUGAUGCAUUUUUGAAGGGUAUUAAUAGAUCGGUGACUUCACUGAAUAUGCAGGCCACCUCACUGGAUAAUUAUGGAGGUCAGGUCAGCGAGCCCCUACUGACAUGUAUAUACACGUUGUGUCAUACAUUUUCAGAAAGGCCAAUUAUUUGUUUUAAUAUUUAAAUCGAUGUAUGUCUGAAUAACACAACUGUUCAGGAGUAAAUGUGUCCAAAGAGUGCAAUGACAAACAAGUCUGUUUGAUAAAGAGACACUGAGUAGGAGUCAGAUUCCUCCAGAAGCAGAAAUAUGCCAACUUAAGGCUCCAUUUGAUGUGUUAUUUAUGCAUUAAAAGGAAUUUACUGGAACCCUUAGCUUACCACAGCCCUACACAAACAGAGCCGUUACACUUUUGUGUAUGGUGACUAUUUUGAGCACGUCUCAAAAAUGGAGGCUACUGCAUGCACACACCAUCGUGAACACCAACUCUUAAGAUCUGCUCGCACCUCAUUUCUGAGAUAUAUGUUGAUUUCUGCAGGAUGGCAGCUACAUAAUGGACAUAAACAAUGUGUGGUUAUUGUAUAGUCAUCUAGGAAAAUCUCCCCUAGUAGAAUGAAAAUAUGGUAGCUUAGAUUCUCUACUAAUCUACUCGGACAUUCUUUUGUCUGCCCUAAUCCAGGAUAACGCUGCCAAAGGCAUUUUAGGCCUACCAGAUUCCUGAGUCAGCAGAUAAUUCAUUCCCCUUUGACUCAUUCAGCUCCAUUAUUUUCUUUUUUUAGGACUGCACUGCACUUCUAUUCUGUCCAUUUCUUUCACUCUUGCCGCCUCUUGCCAUCUGCUGAUCCUACACAUCUUUCACCAGAGGAUGGCAGCACUGCCUUUUUCUGCCUGUCUGCCAUAUUCAACAGACUGUAAUGUCAGAGCUGAUGAACGCUUCAGAGUUGCUUCGUCGCCCCACAUAACCCUCAGUUGUCUAGGCAUCCUAAUGAAGAUUUUAGUGUUGUGCAUUUAGCAGUUUCACCAUCUCAUUGUCAUACUUCGGCUGCUGUCUCGCAAAGCAGAUCCAACGACAACACGCUCAGUGUGGCUUACUCUGGGAACCCCGUGCACUCUCAUAAGCCAGUUAUUCUAAGAAAUAAGAUGGCAGUCCACGCUGUUUGGAUAAAUGCUAAAGCUCUGUGUUGAGGAGGCUUACUGUGGAAUGGACAAUUAAGUCCACAAUAAUUUAACAUAAUAUGUUUUUUGAGCCUUUGAAAACUUUAACAGUAAUUCAUUUUGCUAGCUAUUAAAUGGUUUUACAUAUUAAAUACACAAUACUCACCGCUACAUCAAACACAAUGUUACAGUAUUACAGUACAUAAAAGAAAUGUGUUUACAAAGAGCUGUUCUAUUUUCCAACGUUUUACAAGCUGGUUUGAUUUGGCCAGACUGCCAGUCAGCCAAACAAAAAUGAGCCCUUACUAAAAACAAACAUGUCUGAAUC